UAUAAAUAAGUAUGAUUUAUUUUAGACUAGACAUUUUAUCAUUUUUUUCCCCUAAACUUUGCCUAGCCAAAUACUGUCUCAUUAAAUGGAACAGAAGGAAUAACAGUUUGUUUUAUGUUUAUGGCGUUCACGUUAAAAGAUCUGAAAAAGUAAAGAAAUUUGUAUAACAUGUAAAUAGGUUAGAAAUCAUAAAUUGAACGGUGGGGUGAUGAUUUGAAUGAAAUGCUCUCCAAACAAUUGUUGCUUAGUGAGAUAUCUUAAGUUCCCCUCUUAAUUCUGCUUACAAUAUAAAAAAGAGAGAGAGAGAAUGCUUCAUUUGGUUUAAAUUAUGGCUCAAUUCACAUUAACCAGCAAUUUCAGGCUCUAUUUUUUUUUAAUCAGAAAAAAAGGAAAAGAAAUUGUCUAAAGGGAUUGCUUGUAAAGGGAGUUGGUUAGAAAUCAGACGAAAAACCUUCUUUUUUUGCAAUUUUCUCGUACAGGAGAAUUCUGAGACUUCUCUACCCCUCAUUGUUUAUCAUAUUUGUCUCCAUGAAUUCUAGUAUUAUUUUCCCUUUCUUUGCUUCUGAGGUAGUUUCAAGUUUAAGCUGAUCUUCAAGGCAGUUUUCCAAGUAGAAGUUGGUUCAUCUAAGGUUAUUACACAACUCUUAACAAUUGUGUAAUAUCCAUUAUAACAAGAUGGCCGCUUCUGCUGGAGAAAACUCCAAGGAAAGCAGUGCUUCCUCUCUAGCAAGGCUUGCUCCCCUUCAAGCAGUACUAUUUGACAUUGAUGGAACUUUAUGUGAUUCUGAUCCAUUUCAUUAUCUUGCAUUCUGUGAAAUGCUUCUGGAGAUAGGCUACAAUGGGGGUGUGCCAGUUGAUGAGGAGUGGUUUGUCAAGACUAUUUCUGGGAAACACAAUGACGAUCUUGUCUCUGUCUUUUUCCCUAAUGAUCAUGAAAGGGGUGUAAAAUUCUUAGAUGACAAGGAAGCUUUGUUUAGAAGGUUGGCAAAAGAACAAUUGAAACCUCUAAAUGGUCUCUACAAGUUGAGAAAGUGGAUUGAAGAUCGUGGUCUGAAACGAGCUGCAGUUACCAAUGCACCUAGAGAAAAUGCUGAACUGUGUAUAAAUCAGCUUGGCCUUGCUGAUUUCUUUGAUGCACUGAUUCUUGGAAGUGACUGCAAACAUGCAAAACCAUAUCCUGAUCCCUAUUUGAAGGCCCUUGAAGUGUUGAAUGUAUCAAAAGAUCACACAUUUGUAUUUGAGGAUUCUGUCUCAGGAAUAAAGGCUGGGGUGGCAGCUGAAAUGUCUGUUGUUGGCUUGGCAAAUCGAAAUCCAUCUCAGUUACUUAUGGAAGCAAAUCCUACUUUUCUUAUUAAAGAUUAUGAAGAUCCAAAAUUAUGGGCAGCUCUUGAAGAGAUUGAUAAGAUGUCCCGUACUGAAAAGAAGACCAUAGCAUGAGGCUAUAAGGCAUAGACAAUAUAUAAGAGGUGAAAGAUCGGCAAAGAACUUACUCGAAUUUCAUAUUCCAUGUUUACACUAAAUUAUAUUGGUUUUUGUGAUGGUUAAUUGAUAGAUUGAUUCGAAAGUACAUAGUAGUACUAAUUAACCAUGGUUAGCAAUAAAAGUGUAUAUGAAAGACACGUGUCAUGUACUCAUCUGCCUUCAUGUGUGAGUCAAUUUUUUUCAGUGAAGACCUUUAUUCUUGUUUC